AUGCACUACGCCCCCUGUUUGGAAAUAGUAUCAGACAUUGGUAAAUACGACUGGGGCGGUGCGGCUUUGGCUUGCUUGUAUAGAUCACUGGAUUCUUGUUCCAGGGGCAGGUCAUCGAGCAUGGGCGGGUAUUGGAGGGCAUGGGAGGUAUGGGCUUGCGAGUACCUAAAACCGUUUGCUUUAUCAAGGCCCAGUGGGACCGUGAACACGUGGCCCCGAACAUUGAGGUGGGUUGGUGCAAAAUCAAAGCGGGACUUGCAACAUCACUUGGAACAUUUUAGAGUGAUGAUGCGACAUCUAACAAAGGAUCAGGUAAAUUGGAACCCAUGGGGGACCAAUGAAUCCGAGUUGCCGGAAGAAGUAAAAAAUACCAUGCCGGCAACUCGUAAACGAAUCCUACUUGAGGGACCAGCUGGUUCAGCCUGGUUUUUGGGAGAGCGAGUCACAAUGCAAAGUUUAGACACCACAGAACCUCAAGUACCAAAAAUUCCACCGAGGACAAUGCUUUUGGAUUAUAAACUCACUGAUGAGUUAGAAGUCGAGGAAGCACUGAAUGGGUACCCAGCUUCCGAAUGGCUUGCAAAUUCAUCUGACUAUGCCCAGUACAGAGAUGAGUACAUACGGUAUCGCCACUAUGCGGACUUACGUGAAACGGAAGAACAACAUCGAACUCCGGAAGGGGCCAAGAUAAGGGUAGCAAACAUCUCUCCUCAGCCAUGGUCAGCGCGAAUACCAUACUGGGCCGCUGAAAAUGAAAGUAAACUUGUGCGGAUACCCCGUGGGCAAGAUAGCCCAUAUCUACCAUUACCUGAUGGUGUCACGCAUGUCACUGCUGAAGCUGCAACCGAGCUUUUGGACCUAAUUGCUGGGUUGAAUGCUGUACUAUUUUCAACUGCAUCGGAAGCAAGCGUAGAGAUCAGGCGCCUACGGCAAGAGAUUGAGAAAUUGAAGAACACCUCGGGAACAACCAUUGCGAGUUCGGGUCUUGUUCAACACGUCGUAGAUGAUGAUGUAGAACAUGAGUUUCGCACAAAAUUUAAACAUGACAUAGGUAGAAAAGGAAAGACCAAACUUGUGAUACAAGAAGAGCAUGAAGAAGAUGAGGAAGAGGAAGAAGAAGAGGAAGAAGAGGAAGAGGAGGAAGAAGAAGAGGAAGAAGAAGAGGAAGAUGAAGAUGAAGAGGGAGAUGACGAGGAAGUUUGGAUCGAAGACGGGGAUGAGGAUGAGGAUGAGGAUGCGGAUGAGGACGGGGCCGCAGCUAAGGGUAAUCCGGAUGCAGAACAACACUCCACAGACCAAAAACGCAAAGAAGAUGUUCAAAUGAUGCGCCUGUUUGGAGUUGGACUUCUAGUCAAACGAUUGUGGCCGAGAGAGCCGUCAGGUUCACGGCCUGAGCUACAAGGCCAUUUAGUGGUGGUGUUAGUGGAUUUUGGGCGGUGCUCCGGCGCGUUGCUCAGAGAGCGACGGUCAUAUGAUAUAUGGGGUGAAUGA